GUAAUGAAGACUAGGAACGAACAACUAAGCUACAACAACACUCAGCUCCAGGUUAAAGUUUCAGACAUCUCCGUCAACUACAGUCAGUUACAGACCAGAUACGAGAUGCUGCAGAAUAAAUACGACCAACUGAGCAACAACAACAGUCAGUUACAGGAUGAAGUAAAGCAGCUAAAGGACAGAACUGAAGAGAAGUGGUGUCCUGAUGGAGGGACGAGACUUGGAUGCAGUUGCUACUUUAAAUCUAAAGAGAAGAAUACUUGGUAUGGAAGCAGAGCUGACUGUCAGAAGAGAGGAGCAGAUCUGGUCGUCAUAAACAACAAAGAGGAACAGGUUCUGGGCAGCAGGACAGCCUCAGCGGGACGGUAA